AUGGUUCGAAGGCAUGAGGUGGAAUUGUAUAAUGGCACACGACAUUCACACGACAAUCACGAGGAGGAGAACAAGCUUGAAAUGGAUUGGAAAAUGUUAUUUGUUCUCGCAAUCGAUCUCCUCAACCCAUCCCCAGCUGCUGAGGCACGCAAGCACAAGCUCAAGCAACUUGUCCCAGCCCCAAGAUCCUUCUUCAUGGAUGUUAAGUGCCCAGGAUGCUUCACCAUCACCACUGUCUUCAGCCACGCCCAAACCGUUGUCAUCUGCGCUGGAUGCUCAACUGUUCUCUGCCAACCAACAGGUGGUAAGGCUCGUUUGACUGAGGGCUGCUCUUUCAGAAGAAAGUAGAUCAGAUAUAUUCUUGCUACUUUUCUUUUGGCUUCGUCUUUUCGGUUAAUGGCAAUGGCUCAAUGAGGGUUUAGACAUGGCUCUAGUUUUCGAUACGCAAUUUGAUGGAUAGAAGAUGGACCUCACCCAAAAUUCCUUGCGAAAGAUCGAUGCAACAAGCAGCAGAGGGGCGUUUGGGAAAAUCCGGAUAUCUUGCAUCAAAUCAAAAACGAUUCCCUCAUAAAAUUUGAUUUAUUUUCGUGUGUACGAGUCGUUUGUGAUAUGAUUGAUCGCGAACGUAAAUACCUCCAUUGGUGGAUAUGAACGGCAGGAAAUGACGAUUCUACGAAUAUUCACGAUGAUAGAACGACCUGGAGUUGCGAGAACUUGGAUUGUCUCUUGAGGGCCUCGACAUAUUCUCA